CUGUAGUCACGUGGGCCUCCGAGCUGCGUCCAAUCCGUUUCGGGUCGCUGAGGGCCGUGUGCUGGGGAGGUGGGGAGUGUGUAGAGAGAGGGGGAGGGCGGGAGAGAGACAGAGGGAAGAAGAGGGGUGUGAGCGCUGCUGUGUGAAGGCUGCCGGGCUACUGAGCGCCGUACACUCCGUUCAAGGCUAUUCACCCCAUUACAGCUGAACGCCCGAGCGUAAGGGGAGGACCGGGGAGCGUGAGAGACUCGUGUGAUAGCAGGCACAUAAUGAUCAAGCUGAUGUGGUCUGGGAACUGAAUUCUUAAGAAGAUGCCCAAAACAUUAUCUGCGAAAGUAACCCCAAGUGAGAAUUCUGACAGCGACUGCAACAUCAUGGUAGAGAAACAAACAGGAAGAAAGAAUAAGGAGAAAAUCACAUCCUACAAUCGAACUCCUAAGCUGGACAGGAAUGAAGUUGGAAAAGAAAUGAAAGAAAAAUCCUCCAUGAAAAGAAAGCUACCCUUCACAAUCAGCCCGCCUAGAGAAGAAGAGAGAGACUCUGACACAGAUUCUGAAGCAGGACACACAAGUGAAAACUGGGGUGAACGAUUAACGUCCUCUUACAGCACAUCUGCAGAGAAAGAAGGGCCAGAGAAAAAGAAAGUAAAGAAAGAGUCUGGAAACAAGAAAUCUACUCCGGUUAACAUCCUCUUCGGUUACCCGUUAUCUGAACGCAAACAGAUGGCACUUCUAAUGCAAAUGACUGCCAGGGACAACAGCCCAGAUUCUACUCCAAAUCAUCCUUCACAAGCAACACCAACUCAGAAGAAAACCCCCACAUCUUCCACAAGGCAAAAGGACAAGGUUAAUAAGAGAAAUGAACGCGGAGAAACUCCGCUACAUAUGGCGGCGAUACGAGGAGACCUCAGUCAAGUCAAAGAGCUUAUUCGUCUUGGUGCAAAUGUUAAUGUUAAAGAUUUUGCAGGUUGGACCCCUCUGCAUGAGGCUUGCAAUAUGGGGUGUUAUGAAGUUGCUAAGAUUUUGGUUGCAGCAGGAGCUGAUGUGAAUACGCAGGGACUGGAUGAUGACACUCCUCUUCAUGACGCAGCCAGCAGUGGUCACAGAGAUAUUGUAAAAUUACUUCUCAGACAUGGUGGCAAUGCAUUCCAGGCCAACAAACAUGGCGCUCGUCCCAUUGAUGUGGCUGACUCAGAGGAACUAGAGCAGCUACUAAAGCAAGAAGUUCCCCUUUCUGAUGAUGAGGAGAGUUAUACAGACUCUGAGGAGCCCCAGUUUACUAACCUUUCCAGUGUAGAUGAAAACUUAGAUUCAGAGGGCGAUAAGGAAUCCCUGAUAAAUGAGACCAAGCAUGCUACUACCAAAGGGACACCUUGCACUUCAGGACUUGAUGAGUAUGAAUUUAAAGAUGAUGAAGAGGAUGAUGAUGAUGAAGAUGAUGACGACGACAACGACGAUGAUGAUGAAGAUGAUAAUGAUGAUGACGGCGAUGGAGAAAUUGGCAAGAUGAUACAGGACAAACAUGUGAUCAGGAAUGAGAUUAAGAAGGAGAGCACUGAAGGGACCGAGAGCUUCUUUGUAAAGAAAGAUAAAAUAGAUUUUCCAAAACUGUAUAAAAAUAGAAAACCAAAACCAUCCCGCUUAUUAUUCACAAGCUCUGACAGCUCUGAUGAUGAUUUGCUUCCUGAAAAAGUUAGCCUUGCUUCUGAAAGCUUAAAUUCUGAUAACCGACACAGAAAAGACUACAGUGUUCUACACGAGCAAAAGGAGAAGGGCAAAGUCAAGAAAAAAGUGAAGAACCAAAGCAAAAACAAAGAGAACAAGGAAUUAAAACAGGAAAAGGAUAAGAAAGAAAAUGUUAAAGUGGUCAACAUAGUGAUGAACUCUACUUUAGAUUCUAUAGAAAAAUCUAGAGAUGAAGAUAUGUUUAGGAAAUCUCUGUGUACAAAAGAUGAAGGGUCUUUACACUUGUUUCAGAUUACUCCUGGCAAAUCUCCCAAGCACACGUUCACUUUUGUUGAUAAGCAGUCAACACCACUAAAACAAGAUAACACUAAAAUGUGCAUUUCGCCACCUGGUGGAUCCGAAUCAUCAUUACAAACAGAGCUCUUCCACUACGAUCAGAGCCCUGAUUCCGAAUAUGCACUGGAAAGCUCAAGUACCACAAUUUCCAAAUACAAGGAAAAAAGUAAACAUGCAAAAGACUUUUUUACAGAAUAUGGUGACCGGACUGCAAGUAAAAGCAAAGAAGAUGACAAAAGCCCUUCCUUUGAAACGGCUGAGUUUGUUGCAAAGAAAGACAAGGAAGGCAAAGUAAUAAAAAAGCACAAAGUAAAGCAUAAAGAUCGGGAAAAAGAGCAGAAUAAAAAAGAACUAGAUGUGGAAAAGGAUAAAAGCAAACACAGAGAUAAUAAAAAUACACAAAGAAACAUCGAGUUUGACAGGGAAUUCUGGAAGGAGAACUUUUUUAAAAGUGAUGAAAAUGAUGAAGAGUUUUUAAACAUGGAUUCAAAAAACAUGCCUCCAGAGAAAAAAGGCAAGUUGGAAAAAACACAAGCAAAAGAAGAUAAAAUAAAAGAGAACCAUGACCACAAAGAAAACACUAAAGACCUUGAGGAGACGAUAAAAAAAGAAAGGGAUACCGUUCUUUUCCCAGAGAAGGAAGGUGAUAUUUUGUCAGGGAAUGCACUUGUUAAGGAUGAGUCAACAAACUUUGACAAGGAAACCGAUACUGAAAUUCUUGUUAAGGAAAGCAGGGAAAAGUCUGAUAAGAGACUAGCACUUAAGGAAAAAGACUUUGAUAAGAUGGAUAAAAAAUGCACAGAGAAAGAGAAGAAAUCAAAAGAUCACAAAGCGGAAAAAGAGAAGAUUGACAUACAUGACCACAUAGAAAAAUGCAAAACACAUUUACAGACUGUACAGAAAGAAAACGAUAAAAUUCGAAAUGUUUCAACCAGCAAAGAAAAGUCCAAAGACAAGCCUGAGAAGAAACUUGACAGGACUGAAAAGGAUAAGCAUAUCAGUGAGCAGAAAAUGUCUUCUGAUAAGAAAAUCAAACAAAUAGAAAAAGAUCUGGAAUCAAGCAAAUCUGAUAAAGGAAAGCGCAAAGAGCGGGAUUAUCGAAAAAGGGAAAAAUCUAAAGAUGCUGAGUGUUUUACAGGAACAAGCAUAAAGCACAGUCAGGAGGAACGGAAACCAAGUAGCACAGAAAACAAGGUAUUGCAUGAACGACUAGUUAGGGAAAAGUCCAAAGAGGAGCAGCAAAAAAUGGUUGAAUAUAAAGAAAAAGACCGUAAAGACAAGGAAAAGGAUAUAGAUAGAUAUAAAGAGCGAGACAAGCAUAAAGACAAAACACAAACAAAUAUAUUGAAAGUAAAACCUAAAGAAACUGAACCAGAAAAAGGUAAACCUAAAUUACACCUACUCAAAGAUGUCCGUCCAAAAGAGAAAAGAUUAGUGAAUGAUGAUCUCAUGCAAACUAGUUUUGAGCGAAUGCUGAGCUUGAAAGACCUUGAAAUUGAACAGUGGCAUAAAAAACAUAAAGAAAAGAUCAAGCAAAAAGAAAAGGAGAGGCUGAGACAUCGAAACAGUACUGAAUUGAGUAAACUAAAGGAAAAAGAAAAGCAGAGACAUUCGGUCACACCAUCUAAAAACAAAGAGUUGAUGAGAUCGAAAAGUUCCGAGAUGUCAGACUCUGGUCCUAAAGAUAAAAUGUUAAAGGAUGCCACGAGCUGUAGGUCACAGUCAGUUGAUGGGAAAAAUUUGGCACAUCCUGGAAAGACACUUUUGAUAUUGGAAAACAAUAGCCUAGCUAGGUCUCCACGGUCAGAGAGCGAAAAAACUGGUCUAAGUUCUCGAUCAAUAUCAAUGAUUUCCGUUGCCAGUUCUGAAGACUCUUGUCAUGCUACUGUGACCACACCAAGGCCUACUAUUGAAUAUGAUUCAGACUUUGCACUUGAAGGUUCAGAUUCUCAAAUGUCUUUCUCUCAGUCCCCUUUCUUAUCCACUGCUAAAUCACCAGCUGUUCAUGACCGGGAGUUGGACACCCUUGCUGAGCUACCUGAUCGUGUUAAGCAACCUGUGUCAAACAGACUUCUCCCAGGUUAUCUCAGGUCAGUGUCUGUAGAGGAUACUAAAUUGGCAAUCGGUGAAUGCCGGCCAGUUGUAGAAGUUAGAAGAUGCAGCAUGCCAGCUGCUUUCGUAGAACAAAUUAGGCCCUCGCCAACAAUUUUAGAAAGCACUUUACAAGAAACCACAUCAGCUGCUCCAUCAGUGCCUAGCAGCUGCAUGUCUCCAAAAUUGGAAGAGAAAGAUUUCCAUGGUAGCUUUUCUAAUUCACAUCCAAGUAGUAAAAAAUCCUUAUCUUUUAGUAAGCAUACUGGAGAUUCAAAUACAUCAGUCCCAGAAACUCAACCCAUUCCAGAGGUAACACCUGUUAUAAAUGGCACUGAACCAGCUAGUUGUCAUAUAGGGAUGUCUUCACCUUUGGAAUCUGAACUUGCAAAAUCAGUUUGUUCAGAACAAGAGUCUGUUCCGUUUGCUGAUGCUGACAGCAAAGCAUCUCAGGAUUUGCUCUCAUGUAGACAAGAAAACACCAAAACAAGCCCACAUGAACCAUGUGUACUUCCCUCUCCUAUAUCAUGUCCUAUUGUUACAACUGAACCAUCUCCAGAUCUGCAUAGUUCCCCAAAAACUGCACUGCUUGGUAGUUUGACACCCAACACUGAAAUAGAAGAGCAAACUUGCACAAGUGCCAACUCAAGUAGUGUCAUAGGAAAUGAGGUAAAAGAAGAUGAACCAAAGCCUCCUGAAACUGAAAAGACUGUGGUGUCCACUGCAACACCUCAAGAAAAUGUUCACCCCGUUGACGAGUUAAAAAUUGUCCUUUCAGACUAUGUUGUGGAAAGAAUGCAAAACACAUCAGAUGUGCAGGCACCUAACGUAUCAAAGAAAAGCACACUAAGCUCAAGUCCAACAAAGGACAAUAUUCUGGUAGAUAAACAAGAGGAGGACCAGUCUACAUCUACAGACUGCAAACCUGUGCUAGAAAAUCUUGCAGCACAAUCGAGUGAUGGAAAAGAUGAGAGUGACUUGGAAAAGACAAAUGAAAUAGUAGAAACAAUUAAAGAAAACACACAACAUCAAGUCAGCCUUUCUGGUAACACAAAGGACACAUUUUUGCGAAAAUAUGACUUCUGUUCAUCUGAGAAUCAAACUCCUUCAGCGCAAGAAGAGUUGCAGAAAUUUAGCCAGACCAUCAAGAUGGAAGUAGAGGAAAAUAGUGAAGUAAAAACUGAGCAGCAGGAAAUUCCUCAGAGAAUUACAAGAAAUCGUGCUAACAUGUUGGCCAACCAGAAUAAACAGGUGCAGGCAACCUUCCCCCACACUUCAGAAAAGGACCCUGUUGAAAACUCCACAUCACUGAGAGGGAGGAUACGACUAACUGAAGAGGAUGAUGUACAAGUUCAUCAUCCACGUAAAAGAAAGAUGCCACGUGUGCCUCAACCUGGUCUAGUCAAUCCUUCCAUACAGCAAGCAAAAGAAAAAACCCAGCAGUCUUUGGCUGCAGUUGUGGAUUCUUUGAAACUAGAGGACAUUCAGCCAUAUCAGUCUGAGAGGGCAAAUCCUUAUUUUGAAUAUCUUCACAUAAGAAGAAAAGUAGAAGAGAGGCGAAAGAUGCUGUGUAGUGUCAUCCCUCAAGCACCACAGUACUAUGAUGAGUAUGUGACCUUCAAUGGCUCUUAUCUUCUAGAUGGGAAUCCCUUCAGCAAGCUCUGCAUACCCACAAUUACACCACCUCCAUCCCUCUCUGAACCUCUGAAAGAACUUUUUCGACAACAGGAAGUUGUACGGAUGAAGCUGCGCUUACAGCACAGCAUUGAAAGAGAGAAGCUCAUUGUGUCUAAUGAACAAGAAGUUUUGCGUGUCCACUACAGAGCGGCCAGGACAUUGGCUAAUCAAUCGCUGCCAUUUAGUGCCUGCACAGUAUUAUUAGACGCUGAAGUGUACAAUGUUCCACAGGAGUCGCAGAUAACCACAGGACAAUUUGGCGUACGCGAUGUGGAUGAAAAAAGAAAAGUAAAGAGUGAAGAUGGCAAGGCAUCUGUGAGGGAUAGAUUCAAUGCAAGGCAGUUUAUGUCUUGGCUGCAUGAUGUCGAUGACAAAUUUGAUAAAUUGAAGACCUGUUUACUGAUGAGGCAGCAGCAUGAAGCAGCAGCACUGAAUGCAGUUCAGAGAUUAGAAUGGCAGCUCAAACUACAAGAACUUGAUCCAGCUACAUACAAAUCUGUCAGUAUCUAUGAGAUCCAAGAAUUCUACGUCCCACUUGUGGAGGUCAAUGAUGACUUUGAACUGACACCUAUAUGAUGCUGUGGAACUCUGCACGUGCCACUUUAGGCUGUGUUUUUAUAGGCUCCCCUUCUGUUGUUCUCACAUUUGUGGAAGUGCACUGCUUCUAGGAGGAAAGAAAUACAAAAUGCACAUAGCCUUCAGGUCUUUCAGGAUCGUACAGUCUGGGAUGUGCAUAAAGGAUUUGUGAAAUCUAUAUUUACCUACAGAAAAGAUUAUUCGACUUUUACCAAUAUCAUUUCACUUUUUGUGGGAUCAGAGUUCCACUUUGAACUGGCAGCUCAGGAAGCUGCUUAUAGUUAAACAGCUCUAGAUCACAUAAUAGAGAUUCGUCUAUCAUCUCUGUAUGAUAGUUUUGGUACUGGACUUUUGCACAUCAAUGCAUUAUAGUCCCACUGCAGAGCUAAUCUGCUGAGUGCCAUAGGGAUAGCUACCUAAAAGUGCAAUGCAGGAACACGGGUCACCCUUCCACCAAGUUUAAAGGGUUUGUGUUCCAAUACAUAACAAGGAGAUGAAGUGUAAUGCAUCUUAAAAAAGAAAAGCUCUGAAUGGAUCAGAUCUAAGGAAAAUGUGUGAAAUUCAAACAGAUAUAAUAUUGUCUUAUUUUAAAUAACUUAUUUUCUAUAUAUAUUUGUAUAUAGUAUUGUAAUUAAUGAUCAAAUCCUGUAUAAAAUAGAUAUUUUAUGUGUAAACCUAUGUCUGACGUUUUAAUGGACCAAAGUUGUCUUUUUCUUCUUCUUUGUACGUGUUGUAUUUGUCCAGUGUUCAGUAAGGCAUGAUCAUGGCCUUGUACAGGUUUAUGGAUAAAAGGUAUUGCAUGCGUCACACUUCAACACGUCUACUGCACCAGACUCAUUGCUAUUUAACACUUAAACAGAAUACAAGUUAGCCUGCUGAAGAUAAAAAUCUUUAUCUUUCUCAGAAUAUUUUUUUGUUUUAAAUCUUAAAAACCAACAAAAAAAUAAAUUCUUGUUAGACAUCGGACUCAAAUGAGCCUAUUUUUAAAAGAAAA